AUGGUGAUUUCAAACGACUUUCUCUCUGGUGACCUCGAGGAUCCCUCCACUCAAUUUGAGGGAGUUCGAGAUUUGUUACCACCAUUCCCUGACCCUCAUCCAACUCGUUGCACUCCCCCCUCCACUCAGCUCCAAGUCACUGAUCAUGCCAUCAUUCUUGGUGACCCAUCAAACAAUGAUGACAAUGAUGAUGAUGAUGUCCUCAUGAACGACCGACCUGCCGCAUUGAUCAGUUCUGAUCUCACUGUUGAUCAAGUUUGUUCCCAACUUCAAUCGAAGUUGAAACUUGAUUCCGAGCACUUGAACAUUGCUCUUUUGACCAGCAAGUGCCCCCCUGAAGAAAGACACGCAAACAUGAUCUUCGCCACAGCUGCCUUUUCCCAACUCAAGUUUAGCCCUUCCCCAGCGGCUGCCCAUGUGUAUGAUGACAGAUUCCGGUGCUCGCAUGAUCGUGUGUUGAAACCGACCCUCGAAGCUUACUCAAACAAUCCUCACAGGAAUGGGGCCCUCCCCAAAACACUCUACUACCUCACACUUGAUGCGAUUGAUCAACAACCUGAUGAGUGGAAAGAAGACCACCUUGCCCCUGGGCCAACUCGCGAAGAUGCACCAGCUCUUGAGGCCUAUCCGUGGCCCCCGUGGGUGAACUCUUGA